GGGAGAGAGAGGGAGAGAGAGAGAGAGAGAGAGAGAGAGAGAGAGAGAGAGAGAGAGAGAGAGAGAGGCAGGCUGCUGGGAGGAGUGAGUGAGAGCGAAGCAGGCAAGAAGAAACAAGGAACACAUUUUAGAAGAGCAGGAAAAGGGAGGAUCGCAGACAGGAGACUCUCUGGAUUGUCUGUCUGUUGGGCACCUGGGACACUGUCAUUGUGCUUCUCAUUAUAUUUUUUCUCUCUUUUCCUCUGAACCAGUGGACCGGUGGAGAUUCCUUUUUUUCUUGGUGCCAUAUCAAUUAGGAGCUGGGAUUGUUUCUGUGUAAUCUGCUCUUCUCUGGCUGAACUGUUACACACUGAGAUUGCUCCUGCCUGAUACUGACUCUUCCCAAAGUGUAUCUGUUAGCACGCCGCUGAGGAUAUAUCCUGUGUCCGACAGUACAACACAAGAGCAGCUGGGAUAUCAGACUACAGAGGAGAGAGAGAAAGAGAGAGCGAGAGAGAGAGAGAGAGAGAGAGAGAGAGAGAGAGAGCUGUUAGAGAGAGCAGCCGAUUGAGCGACAGAGAGUGUGAGAGAGGUUGAAGCCGAGGAGCGAGGUAAGCUAUAGCAAGACAGCUUAAAUAGAAAAGUGAUCUAUCUAUCCUCCCCCUUUUCCUUGUCUUUCCUUUUCUCCUCUCCCACACUGUCCUGUGCCAGCAAUUUGUUCGCAGGACUGCCUAAAGCCACUGCCACCUGCUCCUCCUCAUCCUUCUCCUCUUCCUCCUCUACCUCUCUUCUCACGCGUUACUAUCCGACACCAGCCAGUGAGGAACAGACAGGACACGCAGCAGCUUCCGUUUGUAACACUCCAGGAGAUUUAACUAAAAGGCAUCGUCAGGCAGGAGCUACCCCCACAGAGGCAACCCCUCUCCCAGCCACUCUCCGUCAGACGAACCCUGCCUGCUCCGGAGGACCAGCAGUGCUACAAGACACCAGUGUGGACGGGGAAAAAAAAGGGACCUACAGUCAGAGAGCCGAGCCCCAGUACUACUAACACUCGUCCUCUGCCUCCGCGCAACCAUUCCCUGCCACGGCGCUAAGGAUUCCAGCUACAUGGGCAAGCGAUUGGAACAGCAACCAAUGUACCCUCAGUACACAUACUACUACCCCCACUACCUCCAGACCAAGCAGCCCUAUGCUCCACCCCUCCACCCCAUGGCUCCGCCCAGCCCCAGCCACAACAGCUGCAGUCACGGCGGAUCCGAGCUGCUGAGUAAAACUAACCUGUACAUUCGAGGCCUGCCCCCGGGGACCACGGACCAGGAUCUCAUCAAGCUCUGCCAACCAUAUGGAAAAAUUGUGUCAACCAAGGCGAUCCUGGACAAGAACACCAACCAGUGCAAAGGAUAUGGCUUCGUGGACUUUGAUAGCCCAGCUGCAGCACAAAAGGCGGUGUCGUCUCUCAAAGCCACAGGGGUGCAGGCUCAAAUGGCUAAGCAACAGGAGCAGGACCCCACCAACCUGUACAUCUCCAACCUGCCGGUAUCCAUGGAUGAGCAGGAGCUGGAGAACAUGCUGAAGCCGUUCGGUCACGUCAUCUCCACGCGCAUCCUGAGAGACGCCAACGGGGUCAGCAGAGGGGUCGGCUUCGCCAGGAUGGAGUCGACGGAGAAAUGUGAAGUGGUGAUACAGCAUUUCAAUGGGAAAUACCUGAAAACCCCACCAGGCAUUCCAGCCCCCAAUGAGCCUUUACUGUGCAAAUUCGCUGAUGGAGGGCAGAAGAAACGCCAGAGCCAGAGCAAGUACCCACAGAACGGGCGGCCAUGGCACAGGGAAGGCGAGACUGGUAUGCAGUUAACAUAUGAUCCUGCUGCUAUGCAGAACGGGUUCUACUCCUCGCCUUACAGUAUCGCCACCAACCGCAUGAUCGCACAGACAUCCAUUACGCCCUUCAUCGCUGCUUCCCCCGUCUCCACAUAUCAGGUCCAGAGUACGUCAUGGAUGCCUCAUCAACAAUACGUUAUGCAACCUACAGGUGCAGUGAUCACCCCAGCCAUGGACCACACCAUGUCCAUGCAGCCUGCCAACAUGAUGGGCCCGCUCUCCCAGCAGAUGAACCAUCUGUCCCUGGGCACUACAGGAAGUUACAUGACUGCUGCGGCUGCCGGGGCGUCUAUGCAAGGGACCUACAUUCCUCAGUACACGCCUGUGCCUCAGACAGCCGUCCCCGUUGAAGGAGUGGUCACGGAUGCCUCUCCUCAGUCAGUGGCCCCCUCGUCGCAUGACGUGAGUGGGCAGCAGCAUCAGAUCCAGGUGGACGGGCCCGGCGAACAUGUUGCUUACUCAUACCAGUCCAAGUGA